CAAGCAAAAUGUACGCGGCAAAUACAAGGGCUCCAAAAUUUUCACUUUUAACAAACGAGCUCUCUCUCAGCAAAAAUAUUCAAAGACACACUCACACAGAGGCUCUCCGUCGCUGGCAUACAUAGAUGGAUUUCAUCUUCUGACUUCGAUUUCAGUCGAUAUCAGCCGCACUCCCGUAGAUCGAUUGGAUUCUGGCUUCACCAAACAAUUAAUGCUUCGAUCUGACUUUAUUUGAAAUUGGGGUUGUGUGAUUUAGGGGUUUUUUAUUUUAUCGAUUUCUUCACUUAAUUUGUUCUAUUUCGCUCUUUAAUUUGUUUUAUUUCUUUAUUUCAGGUUUAUUUAAGCUUUGUUUUCAUGAGAUUUGGAUGAAUUAGGGCUUCAAUGUGUGAUUGAGUCAAGACUUGUCUGAUUUAAGGAGUAGGCUCAGGUUAAUACUCAUCUGCUCCAACCGCUUUCAGUUCCAACUCCUUUGAUACGUCUAGUUUUUAGAGUCUUAUGUAUUUAUAUUCAGCCUCGUAUCAAUUGUGAUUUAUUUGAUUGAAUGUUGCCUGGUAUUGUUUCUGUCUAUAUAUUUUGUGUAUAAUUUUAUCUUAUGAUGCUAUCUAUUUGAUGAAAAUCCCCACUGAACUCUUCUUUUACCAUUUACUGUCUUGUGCAUUCAUGGCUGCAACCUUCUAAUAUAUCCAAUUUGUGAGAAGGUAUGAAGGUUGUUGUUCCUCAUAUAUAUACAUGUGUCUAUGGUGUAUCCUAUAUGCUGCAGGGUGACUUAGAGCAGAGAGGGAGGGUGCUAUCUGCUCUGGCUACCUUCACGAUUCUACAAGAACCCUUAAGAAUUUCUCCCGACUCUGGGAACCAUCCAUUAUCCCAUCUGAUGGGUUCUGUCUGUGGUAUGCGUGAUGUGCAAAUGAUGGCUGUGAAUGGAGGCUUAACAGAGACUUGUGGUUUGUCGGGUAUUGGUUAUCCAGAUGAGAUGAAAGAUGGAUGGUUUGUUUCAGUUUGUUACCAACAGCAGUCGGGCGAUUGUGAGUCCUGAUAAGGAGUGCAAAGAGCCUAGGAUUCAGAUACCAAAGUCGAAGAAAGCAGAGUUUUUCAAAUUUCUAGCAUGCCAGAUAAUAAUAUUAUGCCCCCUCUUUGACUACAGACAGAAAUCAAUUUUCUUUUUCUGUUAUUUCAAAAUUUAAUUCUAUGCAUCUCAUUAUUUAAAUGCAGGGAGUAUGAAAGAGGGAGUUCCUACUUCCAAUUACUUUCUUGGAACGUCCGUUUGAAGGUUUGCUUUUGGUGCUACAAAGGGCCUCUCCGCAGAGCCCAGAUCCAGGCCCGACAAGGUUCAGGUGAAAGCUUUAGAGCAGUUUCACCAGGACUAACCUAUGAUCAGUUGUGUAUCGGAGAUCUUCUUCUUGCAAGAGAAUAAUCCAUUCUUACCAUAUGUCCAACACAUGUGGAUAGUGUUUCGGGGAAGGCUUUAACUGAACUGGUGAUGACAACACAACUACAUUAGAGGUGCUGCUAGAUUUUUGAAUGGCCGGAAUAGGGAACCCAUGCUUAAUUCUGUAUCUCUACCCUUUGCUAGCUAUUUGGUAAUCUAAAUAUUUGCUGUUACUUUCAAUUUUGUAGAUAAUUUGGUUUGUAGCUACUUGGAUUUGGUUGGACUUGGUAGUUAAUUUGGUUUGUAGCUACUUGAAUUUGAUUGGAUUUAUUGGGAUAUUUAAUAUUUAAACAGUAUAGUUUCAA